UUGCAGCAGGCAACUAUCACUUUUGCAAAUGCCGGCUCGGCUUCCGUCCGCCAUUGCUCUAUUUCGACGCGCCAAACUGGACAAACUUUCCCGACAAAGUGCGAGGAAUGCAAAUUUGAGACGCUGCGUGUCAAACACCGCGCGAACAAAUGUUGGCAGGGAUCGGGGCAGCGUUACGUCGUCUCUUCUCUCCGCCAGGAGCCGACAGAGCCCCAGAGGAGCGGCGGCGGAGGUCCCAGAAGCGCAGGCGGGAACAGACCAUGGACGACGACAACGAUGAAUCCUCGACGAGUCGCAAGUGUCCUCGCCGAGGGCUGGGUGAACGCGCCGGCAUGGAGAGGCGAGCGGUACCGCUCAACUGGCUGCACAGGGUCCUGCGCAAGCCGAUGGACAAUUACUUCGUGCGCCAGGCGAUGGAGUGUUUACACCCGAGCGCGCCGCCCGUCACUGCCGAACCUGCCAGGCCGGAGGAGCAGACGACGUGUCCUCCGUCCGGGGAUUUUCGCUUAGAGCAUGCGGCUGAGCGGUCAUCGAGCGCGCCCCUUUUGCCGGACCGCUUCGUGCGCCCACACGUCAAGAACCAUGACUUCGGGUCGACCGCCGCGUUGCGUCGACCAGGCGGCGGAGCCUGGGGUCGACACUACGGUGGCCAGAGCCGUCCCGACGCCGAGACGGGAGCGGCGAAGCCUGCUCAAGAGCGGAACGGGGGUCGGUUCCCUGAGCUGACUCCGUACCACUGCAUCCGAAUGGACGAGAAGCAGCAGUACCAGCAACUGCUGCAGCAAUGCACGUCCGGGUACCUCCGACCGCGCCCCAAACCGCAGGUACGCGACGCGUCAGUGAGCACCGUCCAACUGGAGUCCCCGACUCGACGGUUCGAGCAACUGGACAUAAAGGACGAGUCUACACGUCCUCCACGGAUCUCCCGAAACCUGCUCGAGGUGGCGUCCACCGUGAGACGCGAGCCGCCUCGGACGCCUCGACUGCGCCAGAAGCCUCCCGAGCGACUGGAGCCCCUGCAGCCGCUGCCACCGAUGCCUUCGAGCCCGUUUCUGUCGCCCUCGUGGCUCCAGGAGCUGAAGACCAAGCUGACGUUCUCGGAGGAGAGCCAGGCGGCGCGCAUCAAGCGGCAAGAGCGGGCCUGCGAGGGUCUGCUCAGCAAAGAGCGCCUCGUCCGACCAGCCGAGGUCGUCGAGGAAGUGGCGGAACCCGCCAAGGAAGAGGUCCUCCCCGAGCUGACGGCUGAAAUGGAGGCGGCCAUCGAGAAGGCGCUGCGGCCCACUCCCCCGGAGGAGGUUCUGGCCCGGGGCUUCAAGCUCCUGGUGACCCGCAAGGACAUGGAGACACUGGCGGGCCUCAACUGGCUCAACGACGAAGUGAUCAAUUUCUACAUGAAUCUGCUGAUGGAGCGCGGCCGCACGGAGCCCGGCCUGCCCUCGGUGUAUGCCUUCAACACCUUCUUCUACCCCAAGCUACUGACGAGCGGCCAUGCAGCCCUGCGGCGCUGGACCCGGCACGUGGACGUGUUUGCGCAUGACCUGCUGCUGGUGCCCGUUCACCUGGGCUUGCACUGGUGCCUGGCAGUGGUGGACUUUCGCAUCAAGAGCAUCCGCUAUCUAGACUCACUGGGCGGCUCCAACCCGGAGUGCCACAAGGUGCUGCGCCAAUACCUGCAGGACGAAAGCCGGGACAAGCGGGCCACUGACUUGGACCUGUCCGAUUGGACCUUCGAGGCUGUCAAGGACAUCCCGCAGCAGAUGAACGGCAGCGACUGUGGCAUGUUUGCCCUCAAGUACGCCGAGUACAUUACUCGCGACGCCAAGAUCACCUUCGACCAGAUGCACAUGCCCUACUUUCGGCGGCGCAUGGUCUACGAGAUCUUAACAAAAAAGCUUCUUUGAGGACCCCGCCGUGCUUGACCACAAUGCCUUCGAACCAAUAGUGAUAUGUCGUAUUUAUUCUGGGCGGGGGUCGACCGCAACCGCUUUGUACAAUAGACUCUUUCUCCACAUCAAACUCUCGCGGUUGUGGGUCGCGCAUUGAAUUUUGUACAUUUCUUGAGCUCGGACUGUUCGUUCAAAGAAGUUCAUUCUGGAUGCAGCAUCGGAAGAGGGGGUGCAAUUUUUAAUUUUUAAUCUUUUUGCAACCGAAUACAGCUUGCUUUACACUCUUGCAUGUUGACAAUAAAGAUGGGCUAAGUUUUUA